AUGAAACAGCAUGAUCAUAUCAAGGACUCCAUGAAUAAACACUACGAACAAAUGCAACCAGGACAAUCCUGGAGCUUAGAUAUUCGUGGUCCUUUAGGAAAGAACCCUGCAAAAGUUGAUAACUACUUAUUAUUGAUGGUAGAUAAUGUUUCAAGAUUUUUACUAGUAUCCACACAUACGAAUAAAAAUAAAGAAACCAUUUCUCUGCAAAUCAAAAAUAAUAUACAGUACAUCGAAAAGCAAUAUGAUCGAAUUGUAAAAGAGCUUAUUGUUGAUAGAGGAUCUGAAUUUACUAAUGAUUCUCUAAAAACAUAUGUAUCGGAGAAAGGUAUUAAAUUAAUGCUUACCGAUACAAACGACCAUGCUUCCAACGCUCGUGCAGAAAGAUUCAUUGGUAUUAUGAACAAUGAUAUUAGAACAUUAAUGCAUAACAGUGAUCUUCCUUGGGCACUCUGGAAAUAUGCAGCUCUUGCAGCUGCUAGAAUCAGGAAUUUGUUCAUGACUAAGAAGUUAAAUUGUAGUCCAAUGACCACAUUAUCAGGAAAGAAUGAACAAAUUCGAUUUAAUUCCUUCUUACCGUUCGGUGCGCAUGCGUUCGUAAAAAAUCAAACAAACAACAAGUUAACCAAUCAAGGUAUACCAGCCAUAACCUUGUGUAAGGAUCCAAAUUCCUUUGGUUACUUGUUCUAUCUACCACAAACUCGAAAAGUCAUUAGUACUAUGAGUUAUAUAUUGGCUAAUUCUGAAGUAAACGGUGAUUUCAUAGAUCCAAAUAAGGUCUUAAGUGAAAUCGUUCCUGAUAACGAUGACACAAAUGAAGUCACAUCAGAAGAUGCUCUUGAAAUUGAGGCUGAACCCAGUAAUGCUGAUGACAUUACUAUUAUCGAAGGGAUUGAAAAUGACACUCAGUAUAAAAUUCCGCCCAAUAUUCAAGAAGACACUGUCUAUGGUCUGGAUACUAUAAAUAUUCAUGACAACCAAAAGGUUUCUGACCACACUCGCUCGUCGACCGCCGAUGAGGAGGUCAAAGAACCUACAUUGGAACAGGACACUACGAAUACUUCAGACAACCAUUCUGUCCACGAAGCUCAUAUGUCUACUUUACCAAAGGACACUGCUACUGCAACUUCACAUAUUGGUAUUUUGCCAGACAGUGUCGCAGAAAGUGAGCCCGUUAGAAAUGUCUCUGAUCAAGAGCUGCUGUUAAUCAACCGUUUCGAUAAUAAGAAUUCGGACAAGUUUCCCAGCACCGAAGCCAUGAAACAGAGAAGGACAAAGCUGUUUCUCAAAGAAUUUGCUUCAAUCACUAGACGUCCAUUAAAGUCUCGGAAACGUGAACUUACCACCUUGGAUCUUGAGGAAUUUGAAGCAGCGGAGGAACAGAAGAAAAAAAUCAAGUUACGUUCUGUACAAGCAGUCAAUAAAAUUAGAACUUUAUAUUUUAAGACUGCUAUCACCAAUAAUACAGACGUUCGAGAACGAAAACUCUUUUCGGAAGCAUUUGAGAAAGAACUACAAAAUCUUUUGAAGAUGCAAGUUUUUGACACAUCAAUCUCCAUUCCUAGAAAUCAAGUCCCAGCUAACCGAAUUAUACCUCUUCAGACUAUAUUUACGGUGAAGCGUGAUGGGACUCAUAAAGCUCGUAUUGUUUGCCGAGGGGACAAACAAACGGAAGCCACCUACAGUAACUAUCAUACAGAUCUUCUUCAAAUUGAUACUUUGAAAUUGUUCCUGAUGAUAGCCAAUAACCGUAAGAUGUGGAUACAGACUUUAGAUAUAAAUCAUGCAUUUUUGUAUGCUGAUUUACGGGAGGAGAUAUAUGUUCCACUUCCACACGAUAGGAGAUUUGUGACACCGUUAAAAAAGGCACUUUACGGUUUAAAACAAAGUCCUAAGGAAUGGAAUGAGCAUCUAAAAAAAUUCCUGAACAGUAUUGAUCUGGAUGACUCCAGACAUACGCCAGGUAUAUUCAGAAAUCACGAUUAUAGCAUCAUGAUAGCUGUAUAUGUAGAUGACUGUGUCAUAGCUGCUAAAAGUCAGGAACUUCUAGACGAGUUUGUUUCCACCUUAAGAAACAGAUUUGAGCUUAAAAUUAUUGGAAAAAUGAAUCAAGGCAUUCUACGUACAGAUGUACUAGGAAUGGACCUUGAUUAUAAUAUUGAUGAAGGUAAAAUCAGCCUAUCAUUGCAAUCUUACAUUGAAAGUAUUGAAAAUGAUUGGCUUGAUAAAAUUAGUCAUAUUAAAACUACUUCUAUUCCACAUGUUUCAUCCUAUGAACACAACAUCAAAAACAUUGAUUCUAUGGACACUAAAACAAGAUCUAAAAAGAUCAAUGAACUGCAGAAGAUAAAUGGUGUGAUUAACUAUAUUAGAUCUAGAUGUAGAUAUGAUGUAGAGUUCGCUGCCAAUAAACUGGCCAGGAGUGUGAACUUUCCAGCAGACAACGUUUUUUACAUGGCUGAUAAACUUAUGAACUAUAUUUUCCAAACUAAGUCAGAAAAGAUUGUGUUCACAAGAGAAACCACUGAUAACCCGGCCAUAACUCUGCUAUCUGAUGCCUCACUGGGUACGGAACAUGACAUGAAGUCCAGAAUGGGCAUAAUGUUAUGGUAUGGAGAGAACCUCUACAAAGUCAUUUCAAGAGCCUCCUCAGCUGUCAGAAACUCAUCUACUGAAGCUGAACUGGACGCUAUCUAUGAAGGAUCUAAAGAGGCAUAUUAUCUAAAAAAGAUUUUAGAAGAAAUGAACCUACAAAAGGAUCCAACUGUCAUUUCCAUUACAGACAGCAAACCUAGUAUUCAAUAUCUAAAGAACAAUUAUAACUCCAACAGAAGAGAUAGAUUCCUGGAUUUGAAACUAGCUAAACUCGAAGAACGGAUACGAGCAGAUGACUUACUAAUAUAUAAAAUUGCUGGCACUGAUAACAUUGCUGAUGUUUUAACCAAACCGGUUAGUUGUGAAGACUUUAAGAAACUAAGAUCUUCGAUGCAAAACAAACUGACUCCCAAAGAUAUUCUUACGAUAACUGACCCAGGAGAAUUUCAUAGUCCAUCAAGUUCUAUAUCGACAAUCAGUUAA